AUGAACUACGAACUAUUAGAUACUGUUUUCACCAACGCUACUGCCGCAAUUUUAGAAAAGCGUGAUGACGAUGAUGGCUGUGUACCUGACAAUGAUUAUGAUGGUCGUGAUAACUUGAGAGUUUUAGCUCUUUUUAUCAUUUUAAUUUCUUCUGCUAUUGGUUCCUUUUUCCCAAUCUUAUCUUCUAGAUAUUCCUUUAUCAGAUUACCAGACUGGUGCUUCUUCAUUGCUAAAUUUUUCGGUUCUGGUGUUAUUGUUGCUACUGGGUUUAUCCAUUUAUUACAACCAGCAUACGAUGCCUUGAACACUGAAUGUUUAGGUGGUACUUUUGUUCAAUAUCCAUGGGCUUUUGGUAUUUGUUUGAUGUCUUUAUUCACUUUAUUUUUAACUGAAAUUAUUGCUCACCAUUACAUUGAAAAAUCUUUUGGUAACGCUUCUGGUCAUUCCCAUUUCGGUAACCUUGGAACUAAAGACGAUUCUCACAUGGCACAUAUCCAUCAAGAAGACAUUGAAGAGGAACCUGAAGUUCCUGAAGACUCGGGUUUAGAUAACAAAGAUGUUCAUUAUCAAGUUCAAAAUGUUGAAAAAUCAACUUCUUUCAAUGACAACGACAGUAAGACCAGUUAUCCAGAUGAUAUUGAAAAUGCAAAGGGCGGGAACGGAACCACUACCACAACUGAGGAGGAAGAUUUUGCAGCCAAAUUUUUUGCUAUUUUUGUUUUAGAAUUCGGUAUUUUGUUUCACUCUGUCUUUAUCGGGUUAUCUUUGGCUGUCGCCGGUGAUGAGUUCAUUACUUUAUUCAUUGUUUUGGUUUUCCACCAAAUGUUUGAAGGUUUAGGUUUGGGUACUAGAAUUGCUGAAGCUGAGUGGCCACAUAGCAGAAGGUUUACUCCAUGGUUGUUGGCUUUAGGUUUUACUCUUACUACCCCAAUUGCUAUUGGUAUUGGUAUCGGUGUUCGUCAUUCUUUUGCUCCAAACUCAAGAAAGGCUUUGAUUUCUAAUGGUUGUUUUGACGCUAUUUCUUCAGGUAUUUUGAUUUACACUGGUUUGGUCGAAUUGAUGGCUCAUGAGUUUUUGUAUUCCGAUCAAUUCAAGGGCAAAAAUGGUUUGAGAAAAAUGUUGUUAGCAUUCUUCAUCAUGUGUUGGGGUACAGGUCUUAUGGCUUUAUUGGGUAAAUGGGCUUAA